GAUUUUCAUAACCGACACGACUGUUUUUAAUCGCUCCCGGUUUCUUUUUGCAUAAAAUUCAGACAAGACGAGGUUAAAAGGCACGGAGGUGGAGGCGCUUGUUCGGCCGUGCAGGUCGUGCGUAGUUGUUUUAGUUCCGGGUGCGAGUGGCUGGGUUUGUUGGGCUGGUCACCCUCAGAGAGCACUGAGAGCAGAGGAGUGGCCCUGUAACCCUCCAACACAGACACUCAGCCGCUCCCUCAGCUCCUCUCACGCAGGGACGCGCUUUCAUGCACUGCAGCUGAAAGAAAGGGCUGGUGAGAAUGGCGGCGGCGUUGCUGUCGGAGUCGGAGAUCAGGCAGCGCUCCAUGGCUGAGGAGGAUCCGAACGGGAACGAACACGGAGCGGCCGCCCGCAGCAGCGCGCCACGAUGGGGACCUCAGCACGCCGGGGCCCGCCAGCUGGCCAAACUCUACUCUCCGGGGAAGCGGCUGCAGGAGUGGAUCUGUGUAAUCUUGUGCCUCUCGCUCUUUGCUAUCAACUUCUCCUUACUCCUCAUCAACUUCUCCACAGUGCACAUCUACAGAAUCAUCUUUGGCAUUGUGGCUGGUAUAGUGACGGCAGAUUUUGCCUCUGGAAUGGUUCAUUGGGGAGCUGAUACCUGGGGCUCUGUGGACAUCCCUGUCAUUGGGAAGGCAUUUAUCCGUCCUUUCCGGGAGCACCACAUUGACCCGACGGCCAUCACACGGCACGACUUCAUUGAGACCAAUGGAGACAACUGCAUGAUCACCAUCCUGCCUCUCGCCCACAUGGCCUACAAGUUCCUGUCCUACACACCAGAUGCCCUUGCGGAGUCCUACCCCUGGGAGUGUUUCGUCUUUGCACUGGCGGUUUUUGUGACCAUGACUAAUCAGAUCCACAAGUGGUCUCACUCCUACUUCGGCCUGCCGUGCUGGGUCACUCUGCUGCAGGACUGCCACCUAGUGCUGCCCCGCAAACACCACCGCAUCCACCAUGUGUCCCCUCACGAGACCUACUACUGCAUUACUACAGGUUGGCUUAACUACCCUCUGGACCGAAUAGGCUUCUGGAGGAGGAUGGAGUGGCUGGUAGAGAGAGUUACUGGCCACAAGCCACGCAGCGAUGACAUGGCCUGGGCAAAGAAGACUGACUGAGGCCCAGAACAGGCCUACACCCCCCUUCAUCCCUCACUCCUCUCCUCCUCAGCUGCUGAGCUGAGGGGGCUCCUCUUAGAGGGAGAAAAGCAGAAUAUGGGCCUUACCCCUGACUCCUUAUCCCUCCCUCCUCUUUCUGUCUUUCCAUAUUGACACCACCGAAUCCCGAGACCUUCACCACUCUCUAAGGUCUGCAACACACAAGCUAUUCGGCUGUCUCUCACUCCUCCAGGUUUAUUCUUCCAAAUUUGUCCUUCACACUCCAGCACACAGUCGUAGAACAGAAAGAGAAGGUUCACUUCAAGGCGUGCAGCUAAGAGCGCUAAAGAUGAGGGUGAUCAUUCAUAGCAUCCUCACUCCGUUCGCUGUCCAUGGUCCUUCAGUCAACGAGUGCUCUCCUGAACAUCCGCUGUUGCAUUCUCAUAUCUGUCAGAAAUGUACAUCCUCUGGAGGUUGGGCUCUCCAGAGGGUGAAGAAAAAGAAAAAGUUUUUUGGAUUUUUGUUGCCAUUCGGUUAGGGGGCAGACCAUAAACAAUUCAGCACUUUUUUGGGCCAGACUAGAUUCAGGCACACAGCUAGAAUAGGAUUCUGCUUUUCCUUCCAUGUUACAUGUCCAUCUUGGGCUGAUGAAGACAUCUCUUAAAGCGAAAGUUCAAACACAAGGGAAAGGGUUUUGUUGGCUGGCCGGCAUAGUCCGUGCUUUGUUGACCCAACUGAAUGUUUUCCCAGAAUGUGUCUGGCUCAGCCUGCGUUGGCCUUAAACACAAACUUGUUCUAUUACAUGUUCUUCAGAUCAGCCUGUCAAAGAUUUACUGGGGAUGAGCUUUGCUCAGCCUCUUUGUGAGGAUGUCUGAUUAGUGUUUGUUGAGUAGUAGUGGUCUUGAUCAUGUUGGCCUAGCUUGGUAUAAACAUUCUGAAUCUUGCAAGCUUCAACGUUAUUUUGUUCUGUGGAUUCGGAAUGGCAUUACCGCAGUUGGGAACACUUUCUCAAGUCAUUUUUAAGGCGGUCCAAUCAGCGAGACCUACUUGUGCAAAUGCAGUGCAUGGAAAUCAAAAACUAAAAGAGCAGAGCUCUUGAGAUGAACGUUGAUUCUGCAUCCACAAUUACACACAGUUCCCUUUGGGGAACACUCAGUGAUUCAGAAUGGUUUGUACCUGUCUAAUGUUGGUCAUCCUACUUUGUAUUUAAGGUUUAAAUGUUUUGAUGAGGUCAUUAUAGGAAAAAGGGUCAACUUAAAUAAUAAGAAUUAUGUGUUACUAGGCUUGCUUUGGGGAAACAUUACAAAUGCUUUUAAAAAAUACUUUAUUUAAUAAGUUACAUUUACUUAGAUGAAUUAUGAGAGGCAACCAAACAUCUCCUUAUCUUGACCCCCGCCCUUACACACACUCCAUACGCCCAGAACACACACAAACACAGACCUAACUGACUACGUGUGGAAUCAUGUUUAGAGUUCGUGUUAGAUUGCUACAUGCAGGUAGACAGUGAGAGUAAAAAAUACAGCCAUAGAAGAUCUGUUACAAUAAUGUUCAUCUCAGCACUUGUUUUUCAUACCUACAGCUGCACUAGUUGAGUUUCUUUCUCUCUAUGGCUUUAUAAUUUUUCUAUUUUUUUAUUAAACAAUCAGCCUUGUAUUUAUUCUUACUGUCCAUCUUGCAGCUAAUGCUUGCUGCUAGUCUGCCUUAAAAUCAAUGUUUUUAUUAGCUAUAUGAUUUAAUAAAGAUCCAGUAAGUUACAUUUUA